AUGACUACAAAGGCAGUAGAAAAACAGCUGAAGAUCUGUGGCUUUAAGAGGAAUGUGGAUGUCUUAGUACUGUAUCUGGCUGGACAAGGAUUAAGAAGAAUCCCAAGUCUAUCACGGUUUCAUAGGUUAAGGUAUUUGUGGAUUAACAACAAUAAGAUCCAAGAUUUAACUUUCUUGAUCAAGAACUAUUGUUUGACUGAACUCUACCUCCACAAUAACGAACUGACAGAUAUAUCAGGUGCUCUGAAACACCUAUGUGCAUUACAGAUUCUGUUGCUUCACAACAACCAGUUAAAUACACUUGGCAAAACAGUGAAGGAAUUGAAAGGAAUUAUAAGCCUGCAGACUCUAAACCUAUUCAAUAACCCUCUGGCACAAGACCCAGACUACCGGCUUUAUGUGAUAUAUUCCCUUCCUUCGGUACAGCUCCUUGACAGGAAGUUUACACAAAGAGAAAGGGAGUCAGCGCUUCAUCUUUAUAACCACCAAAGGUCUUGUGUUGUGCAGUCAGUAGCUUUUGGAAAGAGAGUAAAUACACACUUGGGGACUGCAGUGGGAUCUAACAGAUGCACUCAACCAGCCAGAAGACGGAUGAUGCCCUCAGGAUGUGAAUUUGGAAAUCACACAAAUAAAGUACCAUUUGAGAACCCCGAAGAUGCCAUUUUACUGCGGGCAAUGACAAGAUCUUUAAUGGAAUUUUCCUGUGUUGACUGGAACAAAGUAGCCACCUGUCAAGAAAGACGGCUUGGAAAAAAAGCAGAAGAACCCCAUGAGAAGCUGACAGUCCAAUUUAGAUGACUACUUUCUUCCUUAAGAAAAAGAAUUAUUCCUCUCUCUAGUGUGGAGAUAAGAUCCUUAAGUAAGUUAGUAUCUCAAUAAAACAAGUACAUUAAAACAUGCAUCUAAUUAAAUGAACUUACAGAAAAAAAAGUAUUAGUGUAACGUCACAAGGUGUUUCCUCCAAUUCAUGAUUAUGCAAGAGCUAGUCAUUACCCCAGGUUUAUGGAGGACCUAUCAACCAUGAUCUUACAACAGGAGAGCUGUUGCCAGCUCAAGCUGAGGAUGGCAGAGGUAGCUCUAGAGCACCAGUGCGCACCAGGACCCAAACUUGGAUUCAAAUUCCUGUCCUCUGAGACUCUUGGCAAAGAGAGGGAAGUGUGGCAGCUUCUGCCUUUUCAAGUUAGAAUGAGAACAAAUGCAAUCUGUGUCCACGAUCCCACACUUCACACCAUUUCCAAUGUUCAUACUUUCUCCUAUUGCUUGGGCUUUUCUUCUUUACCAAGAAAAAGCGUUGGCUGGCAGAAUGAGAGCAGGAUUUGUGCUGUGGAUUUUACCACACUUCUAAAAUUCCUGAAUCAUUUGCCCUAAAUGAUUUUCAGAGAAACCUUACAGAGAAAGAGCAACACAUCCCCAUGAGCCCCAAAUGCUACGUGUAGAACAGGGAACCGGCAGCACUUCUGCAUUCCCAGAUCCAAGAGUGGACGGUGAACCACAUCAUGACUCCAUACUGAAGCUCCAGGCAUGCACAUCUUGCUUGCCAGUUGUCAUGAAAUUAAACUUGCACAGCCCAGCUACAGGAGGCCCAUGCAGGUCAAAUAAGAAUGGCACUGUAUGUCCCAAAAGCCAUUAACAGAUGCAAUAGACAGAACUGUCACACAGCUCCCUUCUUUUAAAAA